UCUCAGCACAAGAGACCGACCAAGCUACAGGCUUGCAAAAAACGCCCAACUCCAGAUGAAACUAGAGUCUGCGACACCCACAGUCAGCCUUCCCCUCUUCCUCUCUGGGAAUCCAGUUCAGUCUCCUCAACCCUUCCGCGGCCAGGCCUCUUCCUCCUCCUGGUUCACAUGGGACCUGAAAUCCGGAUUAAAGGCGCAGGUUUUCCCGCAGUAUCCAUAUUGGUCAUAGAGAUGGGGAGGGGUUUUUUUGUGGUCAAUAUCACGCUAAACCCGGAGACUGGGGGUGGGGGUGCAAUUGACAGAAAAAACUUUUUGUCUGUCAGUUUCAUUUCCUCCACACACCUUUAGAGUAAAAGCCUUUUUUUGUUAGGAAGGAAUGAAAUGCGAUUGUUACAGUGGCCUCUGUGUGUGUGUGUGAAUUGCAGUUGCGGCAUACAACGAUAUUAUUGGAGGGUCCAACGAGCAUCCUGCAGGGUCAUUGGAAGGCAGGCGAGACGGGCUACUUGUAGUGGUUGGACUAUGACCUGGGUGACCAGGGUUCGAAUCCCCACACAGCCAUGAAGCUCCCUGGGUGACCUUGGGCCAGUCACUGCCUCUCAGCCUCAUGAAAACCCUAUUCAGAGGGUCGCCGUAAGUUGGAAUCAGCUCAUUUACAUUGUUACUUGCCCCCCCUAGUAAAUGCCUAAAGCCCUUCUCUGUCGCAUCGGAAAUCGACCAUCCUGCAGGGAACGUUUUGUCCAUGCGAGGGCAGGCGAGGGUUAGACACAGGAGAGGACUAGUCGCCUGCUUUGUGUUGGGGGUCUCUGCCAUUGAGUAUUGCGCCACGCUCCCUUUUUCCCGGCAGGAAGUGCAGGCACGCACGGGCGGGAAAUUCUUUUCCCGAUACUUUCGUUCCCGGCCAUUUCGACCCAGCACAACUUCAAGAAAUGGAGCUCAGUGAGUGCCUGCUUCUCUUCCGCGCUCUGCUGAGCUUGCUUCUCAAUGAACUGGAGGAUAUGAGAACUGAAUAUAUGCGCAGGUUUUAUUCCUCCAGAAAGCGGGUGCUGCGCAUGGAAAUGAUGCUUCGCAGGCUGAGGAGGACCUGCAAGAGGCAUCAUGGCUACCUUCAUUUCUUCGAUGAGACAACCCCUCGGCCAGUGUUUGCUGGAGGGACAGCAAACCACUUGUACUUCGACGCGUCUUUGGCCAGGCAUAUCACGGCCAGGUGCAACUUGGAGCGUAAAGUGUGGGUUCGGCAGCGUGAACGGUCGUGGUGGGAAAAUGAGGUCCUUCCACUGUGGGAUGAUGAGAUGUGGAAGAAACAUUUUCGUAUGUCAAGGGCCACCCUCUUUGAAAUUGCGUGGCAGCUCAGGCCUUACAUCGGGAGACAGGGAACAAACAUGCGGACACCGAUCCCGGUGGAAAAGCGUGUGGCUGUAGCGAUAUGGUGGCUUGCUACCCUGGAGUGCUACAGGGAGGUGGCUGUAAACUUUGGGAUUGGAAAGGCGACAGUGGCAGGGAUUGUUCUGGAAGUGUGCUUUGCCAUAGAACAUGUUCUUCUCCGCCGUAUUGUUCAGCUUGGAAACCACCGUGAGGUGAUGGAUGGUUUCAUGAGCAUGGGCUUCCCUCAGGUGGUGGGCGUGGUGGAUGGUUGCCAUGUGAAGAUCUUUGCGCCCACAGCCCAGGGAGAGGAGUACAUUAAUCGCAAAGGCUUCUGUUCCAUACUUCUACAAGGGACUUGUGACCACACAGGACGGUUCGUGGACAUUGAAGUCGGCUGGAGUGGAAAGAACCAUGAUGCCUUUGUCUUUCGCAACUCCUCUCUCUUUGACGCCAUGGAAAAUGGACAGUUUGUGCCGGGUAACCCAACAAGAACUAUCUGUGGGGUUCAAGUACCACCCUUGCUGCUAGGGGGUGGUGCAUAUCCGAUGUGUCGUUGGCUCAUGAAGCCCUACGCGGAUAACCUCGACGAACAAAAAACUGCUUUCAAUCGCUACUUCAAUCCAGUUAGGAAUGUCGUCGAACAUGCAUUUGGGAGGCUAAAAUCAAGAUGGCGCCGCCUCUCUGGCACCCUUCCUGUUGCAGAGAAAAAUUUGGUGACUGUAGUGUGUGCCUGUGUUGUCUUGCAUAACAUAUGUGAGACGGAUGGGCGGGUGCUACAGGAACCAAAUUGUCCUUCAUUGCCCUUUCAAGGACAACCCAGGCACAGGGAAUACUGUCCUUAUGACAACAAGGAUGUUGUUGCGGGGGAAGAGGUGCGCUCAGCAAUUGCUCAGUUCCUCUUUGAAAGGCAAAAUUUGAAUUUCUGACGUUAUCCCUUUUCUUUGAUUGCUCGCUUGUAUGAAGAUAUACAUUUGUUGACUGUAUAAGAAUACACGACUUUUGUUGAGCACUGUGAGUGGACAUUAUUUGAAAGCGUUUUUUAAACUUUUCCUUUAAAAAAAAAGAGGUUGCCGGUUAUGCUCUUAAGAACAUAAGAACAUAAGAAGAGCCUGCUGGAUCAGGCCAGUGGCCCAUCUAGUCCAGCAUCCUGUUCUCACAGUGGCCAACCAGGUGCCUGGGGGAAGCCCGCAAGCAGGACCCGAGUGCAAGAACACUCUCCCCUCCUGAGGCUUCCGGCAACUGGUUUUCAGAAGCAUGCUGCUUCUUGCGGACAGGCUACUGAAUU